CUUCGCAUCGUCACUUUCUUUCUGCAUCAUGAUAGACCACGUCCUCGGACGGCCAUCGUCCAAGUCGCGGCGCCUGCAGGUCCUGGCCGUCUUGUCCUUUUGGACGUUUUACCUCUACAGAGGCCACAAACAUGGCCCGCCGAUUGCGCAGAAAAUCUCAAAGUUCCUCUCGCGCAAGCUGACGGCAUGGCAGACGGUCGUCAUCACGAUGCUGUACCUGUACGCGGCCCGCAACUUCAGCGCCCUCGUCGGCCUGGCCAGCCCCGAGCCCAUGGCCAACAUGUACGACCCGACGUACUAUCGGGCGACCUGGGUCCUGACCGCGCUGGACGCCGGCUUCUGGACGGCCAUGAAGAUCCGGUCCAAGUGGCUGCGAGACCUGGCCAGCGUCGUCUUCUCGCUCUACUACCUCGUGGCGGCGGAGCGGGCGGACGAAAAGGUGCGCAAGGUCCGCGGCAUGAUCACGGUCGAGCACCUGCGCGUGGCGUGGAAUAAGGGCACGACGCCGUACCUGGGCUUCCUGCAGCGCCUCAUGCGCCCGCGCUUCACGAGGUGGCCGCCGCGCCAGGUGCGCAUCCCGCGGCCCGCCAACAGCGAUUACAAGGACGCCGUCUCCGCCUGGCUCUACUACGACGGGCCCCUGGCCGACCUGGCGCAUCACAGCCGCGUCGUGCUGGAUAUCCCGGGCGGCGGCUUCGUGGCCAUGGACCCGCGGUGCAACGACGACAAGCUGUUCGCCUGGGCCUCCAAGACGGGGCUGCCCAUCCUGAGCGUCGACUACAAGAAGGCGCCCGAGUAUCCGUACCCGUACGCGCUCAACGAGUGCUUUGACGUCUACGUGACGCUCGUCCGGUCGCGCGGCCGCUGCAUCGGCAUGUCCGGGCGCGAGACGCCGCGCAUCGUCGUCACGGGCGACAGCGCCGGCGGCAACCUGGCCGUGGCGGCGACGCUCAUGGUGCUCGAGACGGGCAUCAGCCACUUCCGGAGGGCGGCCGGCGUGGGCAAGCUGCCGCCGCCGGACGGGCUCGUGUGCUU